AUGGCUCUCCCCCUGAAGACGGACACACACACGCACACACACUCCUCACACACCACACACACCAUACACACGACCACUACUAGCAGCGACCGAAGGCUGAGGUCUCCCAACAUCAAACACACCACGAGCCCUAAAACACACACACACCGAACAGAACACACCUGGGAUGCCAGCUCCAAAGUAGAACACUCCAGAACCCAUCACUUGUCUGCGGUGAGCUCCAAGCCCUCGGCUUCCAGAACCAUGCAGGGUUCUAAGGAUAAUCAGAAGGGUUAUAGUUCUAAAGGUCCUGCUCCACCACCCGCCCCUCUGGCCACCUCAAGCCCCAAAUGUAGAACCACCGUUGACGUGAUGCUCACAUCAACCACCUCUGACAUCAUCACAGGGGGACGAGCUUCGGACUCUGACCUGUCGAUGGGAUCACUAGGGGUCAAGGGCAACACACCCCAUAAUUCUCCAUUCCUGACCCCUGACCCCUUUGCCACGGCAACGGACAACACAGAGACGACUCUAGAAAACGCAGCUCGCCAACUGGAAUCCAAAAUGGCCGCCAAAGUCUCAGAGGGGUCGUCGACGGGGACGAUGACAUCACAGAGAGUCACCUGUCUGUCAGGAGGGGGAAUGUCCGCAGGACCUACGCUAUCCCAGAAGGCCAUGCAGCAGAGUGACACGGCGGCAACGUGCGAGGCCCUGGAGAGGGACAUCCAUCCCCCAGAGUAUCGCCGGGAUGACGAUUGCGCAGGCCGGUUGCUGUGGGAGACCAAGCCACCUGGAGUCCCGCUGGGAGACCCGAGUCACGUGGGAGAUGGAAAUGUCAUCGCCGUCACCGGCGGCAACAACAAUGAAGCGUCGUCAAGGGCAACGGAGAAGGGGAAGAAAGAAAUGGGAAGAAAGGAGGAGAAGGAUAAACACCAGCCUCCAGGGACCUGGAGCUCCAGAGUGCGUAAAGAGGCCGGCACCAUGACUAACCCCAGCGAGGUGAGGCGUUCCUGGGGUGAGGCCCGGAGGGAGGUGGGGGUUCAGGCUGUAGUGGAGGUGUGUGACCGCUCCGCCACUACCAGCCCCCGCCUGCUCACCCUGUCACUACGCACUCACCGUGGCAACGUAGGGAAACAGGAAGGGGUUGCUAGUGAUGGACAGAGAGACACAGACUCACAUUCCAAUGGGCUGACAGCUGGGGUUCAGAGGGGGAGUAUCCUUGUCUGUGACCUCUGCAUGGACCAGCAGGUCAGAGGUCAGGGGUUAAAUGGAGAACUGGGGCCUUUGAUUGGUUUACAGAGCUGUCAGUCAAGGUUGGUCACACCGCAGAACCAGGAGGCGGGACUGAAUGCAGUAGCCCCGCCCCUGUGCUGCAUUCCUAUUGGCCUAGCCCCAUUCCAACACAUCUGUCAGAUAGAUAUCGAGCUCUGCAGCCAAUCAGAGCACCCGAGCAGUAAAGAUAAGCUGCCGACCACCAAUGAGGAGCUGCCGACCAGUGUCACCAACGACAAGCAGCAGAAACCAUCUGAGACCCACAGCAAAGCUAAAACCAGACAGACAGACAAUUCAGGUACCAAGACUAGCCACAAACACAGAACCCACUCCUCUCCUUCCCACUCCUCCUCUUACAGGACCCACAGACGCAAACCAGGCUCGGGCAGAGACAAACAGAAACCGGGGUUGGAAUGGAACCAGACUGGAUCAGACCUGUUCCAGCCAGACCCAGGGAAGAGUACCACCAAACUGACUGCGGAGAAUCCAGAACGAGCUGGUGACCCCGAACAGGAGAGGAAGGACUCUGGGCCGGUGCAGAACGUGGUUUGGGACGAACAAGGGAUGACCUGGGAGGUGUACGGGGCGUCGGUGGAUCUAGAGAGUCUGGGGUUCGCCAUCCAGUCACACCUGCAGUGUAAGAUCCGAGAGCACGAGAAACGCAUCGGAACACUACGGAAGUCUGUCUCCCUGGAGGUUCCCUCUCCGGGAGCGAAGAAGUGGAAGGAGAAGAAGAAGAAGAGGAGUGUUUUCCGGUCAAUAUGCCGACCGGGAUGCUGCAGGAAACCUCCCGCAUCGCCCGCCGGGAUGUGAUAGGACCUCGGAAUGUUUGGAAUGUUUACAGACGAAACAUUCUAGAACGUUCUAAAUCUAGAUUGUAGAUCCGUUCUAGAACAUCACCCGCCAGGAAGUGAGAGAAUUUUCAGGAAUGUUCGUGGGCAUUCCAGAAUGUUCACGGAUGGAUAUUCUAGAACAACAUUAUAGUCACAGGAGGUUGGUGGCCCUCUAAUUGGGGGAACGGGCUCGUGGUUACGACUGGAGCGGAGUUAGUGGAAUGGUAUAAAAUACACCAAACACCUGGUUUCCAUGGUUUCCAUGUUGUUUGCUAUCAUUCCAUUGACUCUUUCCCAGCCUCCAUUAUUAUGAUGCUCCUCCCCCUCGGCAGCCUCCAUUAUUAUGAUGCUCCUCCCCCUCGGCAGCCUCCCACUGGUUCUAAUCUAGAACAUCCUGGAACAGCAAACCUGUUCCUGGAAUCUGAUUACGAGGAGAAGAAGAAGAAGAAGAAGAACGAGGAUACAUUUUCUACAGUUGUAUCUUGGAGUCGUUCUCAGAGAUGUUCAAUCCGUCAACUGUUGGUAGCACAAGGACACAACCCCCCCCCAAACUAUGGACAACUGUCACGCUUUGUUGUGAUAACACCUAUCUGCUGUUAGCCAAGACAGUAGCCACACGAACAGCAAGGUUAUGUCCCAGAAGGCACUCUGUUACACCCUAUAGUGUGCUACUUUUGACCAGAGCCCAUACAGGGAAUAAG